AUGGCUAGUACUAUAUUGGCUCAGAUAUUAAAAAGUAAUAAAGAAUGGGUUCCUGCUAUGUUGAGUUUGGCAAUUAAUAAAUUCUUAAGCAAAAAACAAACUGAAGGCAAGACUAUAUUGAAAUUGUUAUGGGCAAAGCAGGCUGACACAUGUGGUUGGGAAAGAGAUGAAUUAGAAAGGGCUUGGUUAUUACAUGCUGAUGCAUUUAUAUCUAUUCAAAAAUAUGAUUAAUCUGAAGAAAUAUUAAGAAAAUGCUUGAAAUAAAAUAAAUGUUGUGCCAAAGCAGAAGAAUUAAUGGGUUUGAUAAAAGAGAAGGAGCAAUCGUAUAUUGAUGCCUCGAACUCAUAUGAAAAAGCAUUCAAGUUGACAAACCAAAGGAAUCCUAUUAUGGGUUAUAGAUUGGCAUUUAACUAUUUAAAAGCAAAACGCUUCGUUGAUGCAAUUAAUAUUUGCAAAUUGAUUCUACAAAUUAACCCAGCAUUCCCUAAACUGUAAUCUGAAAUCCUUAACAAAGCAAUUCAAGCCUUAAAGUCUUGA